CCUCCUCCCUUUCCUCCUCCCCGUUGUCCUCCCUAGGCUCAAACUCUGGCACCCAUCAUCGCUUCCCCGUCUCCCUCCUCUCCGUUAUCCAGUCCGGCCGGUGUCCCGUCCACUGCCCAAACCAGGCCUGCACGAUGUCCCCCAGGGUGGUGACGGUGGACGGGUCAGAGGUGGUCACCGUGGGCUCCGAGCCCACCCACAUCAACAUCCACAUCCAUCAGGAGUCUGGCGUGGCUCAGCUCCUCCGGGCAGGGAGCAACCUGCUGCCAUCUUUUUCCCGCCUCAAGAGCACUGAUGCCGUGAGGAUGAAGCGGGCAGAGCUGGCGAUCGGGACGGCGCAGAUCGUGUUGGGACCUGUGAGCGCUGCCCUGGGUGUGCUAUUGUGUUUUGGCACCUGGAACGAUGUAUAUUCCACGGGCUGUGCCUUCUGGACCGCGGCGGUGGCCAUCAUGACUGGUGCCAUAACCAUCGUUCACGAGAAGCGCCAGGGAGGCCGCUGGGGCUUCCUGGCUGCCGUGCUAAGCCUGGCCAGCUUCUCCACCGCCGUCGCCGCUGUCGUCUUUGGAGUCAGGGACGUCAGCUAUCGUAGAUAUUAUGACCCCUCCAUCUGUGAUUCUUCCUCGCGGUCCUUCUGGCCCACGUUGCCCCCCAGCACCAUGGAUCCCCAAGAGCUCUGGCGGCAGAAGAUGUGCCUCCAGUACCUGAACAUGCUGUCGAACCUGCUUCAGGGAAUCCAGGCCGUGACCCUGGGAGUCUUCAUCGUGCUGCUCGCUCUGUCCUUGACCUCCAUUGGCUUGGGCCUCCGUCGCCUGUGCUGCCGGAGCCCUGAGCCGCAGGAAGGGGAUGAGGCCGAGAAGAAACUGCUGGCAGAGGAUUCGCCUCCAGCUUCGCCCUACAAGAAGCCUGUGGAGAUACUCCACCUGUGAGCCCGUCCCAGGAGGAAGAGGAGCACUCUGCCUUCUAGGGGACUUGACCACCCCCUGUUCCCGCCUUCUGCCACAAAGGGGGCCUCUAGGCUGUGGAGAGACCCCAUUCCUCUGAGGGGCCCCCAACAAGCCCUUUCUGCUGCCAUUGCCUGGCAUACCAUCCUCCUCAGUCCCUGACUCCAACACCCACCAGUUGGGCCCCUUCCUCUCCCCGCCGACCUUCUCAACUUCUUCACACUUUGCCUCACCCCAUCCUGGCCAGGUUAUAAUAAAUGCUUUGACUGCAG